AUGCCGACCACUCCAACAACAAGUCGUGCACAAAAUAAAACAAUAAAUCGUGCUCAAAAUAAAACAGUUAAUUGUAAUACCAAUAAAGUAAACAGCAUUAUACAGCCUGCUCGCUUAUCAACUCAUGCAAUUUCUAGUAAUUCCAUUAUCUCUACCUGCAGUACUCAAGGUAGUAACAUGAACAGCCAAGCAAACGAUGGCUGGCAAAAGCAGUCUCCCAAAACCAAAAGAAAUUUAUCAAGUUCUUCAUCGGACACUUCUUCCAACAAAACUUCGCCUAAGCUCGUAGGUUCACAAAACAAAAAAAAUUUUACUACACGCAACCGUUACGAACUUCUAACUCAAAAUGAACCGACAGUCAUGGAAACCGGUUCACCCGCUGUUACGGAAGAACCAAAUGCAGUUAUACACAUCAAACUUCCUCCCCCGAUAUUCAUGAAAGGUAUCUUAGACUUUCUGAACUUCUGCUCUGUACUAAUCGAACUAAUUGGUGUCGAUAAUUUCUUUUGCAAGUCUGCUGGUGACCGCCUAAAAAUUCAAACCGCGAACCCUGAUUCUUAUAGAAUACUUAUUCGCUAUCUUAAAGAAAGCAAUGCUGAAUACCAUACAUAUCAGUUACGAGAAGAUAAACCUUUACGUGUAGUUAUUCGUAACAUUCAUCAAUCUACACCUACACAACUAAUAAAAUCUGAACUCGAGACUCGUUGUUUCGAGGUCAGGCAGGUCUCGAAUGUGCUACAUAAAACCACCAAAUGGCCACUCCCUCUGUUCUUUGUUGACUUAGAACCGACUGACUUUUCAAACGAUAUCUAUAAGCUCACCUCUCUCCUACACACCAAACUAAAAGUUGAAGAGCCCUUCAAACCCAAAGUGAUCAGUCAAUGCAAUAACUGCCAGGAAUAUGGUCACACUAAAACUUACUGUGGCUACCACUCUCGCUGUGUCCGAUGUGGUGAUUAUCAUCAGUCUUCUUCAUGUCCAUCCUUACGCUCAGACCCACCGAAAUGUGCACUCUGCUCUGGAGAUCAUCCUGCCAGCUACAAGGGAUGCUCAGUGUAUAGGGAGCUUCAACGCGGCAGGAAACCUACCACUAACAGUAACUUUUUAGCAGAUAAUAUUAGAAAUAAGAAUACAACUGUUAAAGACAGCCACCCAUUAACUAAAACUCCAAUAAAUCAACCCCUUAACCACGUACCCACUUACGCUCAAGCCACCUCUGGUGAAUCUACCAAUACAGUUCCUAACUCCACAUCCGAGCUCAAAAAUUUCCUUGGUGAGUUCAAAUCACUUAUUGAACCUCUUAUCAUUCUUCUCAAUAAAUUAAUCACAAAAUUAUUUGAUAAAAUAUAA